CUCUGACGACUCCUCCCCACUGCUGGAACCCGGGAAAACCUGUGAGCCAAUCACAAAAGGCGAAAGGCGGGCGCUGGGAGAGGAACCCACUCAGAUCGUCGCCCAAUAGAGUGGAGGAGGGUGAACGAGGAGGCCAAUCGGAAACGGCACGGGGCGGGCUCAUUGGACCCGGGAAUUCCGAAGGAGGGGUCGUUGCUGCCCGCGCGCGGUGGCCGCGCCCCUCCCUGCCGCGGCUUCCUGGCUGUCAAACUCCGGAGUGCGCCCGCGCCGGCCGACCCCGAAGGGCCGCCCUGGACCGAAGACCAUAGACCGCACGGCAGAGAUUGGAUGCUUGGGGCCGAGGACCCAGCUCGGCCGAGGCGCCGCAGGACGCGCCCCUGUUGCUGCACUGCACCUAGACCUUCUCAGAUUUUUAAGAUCGCCAGUCUGCUGAAAAGCCAGUUUUGCAUCGAAUUUGCCCUGCUUGGCUGUGUGCUCGAAGCCGAAAUUACACCCGGCGCACCCCGCCUUCAGCGGACUGACUUGGGCGAGCGAAGCCUGCCCAGGCUCGGCCCGGGAUGAACCCCUAAGUGGAAGAGGUGCUGCGGGGGAGGCGCUGCCCAUGCUGCCCUGCUUCCAGCUGCUGCGAAUAGGGGGCGGCAGGGGCGGGGAUCUCUACACCUUCCACCCGCCCACCGGGGCUGGCUGCACCUACCGCUUGGGCCGCAGGGCGGACCUGUGCGAUGUGGCCCUGCGGCCCCAGCAGGAGCCUGGCCUCAUCUCUGGGGUCCACGCCGAGCUGCAUGCUGAGCGCCGGGGUGAUGACUGGAGGGUCAGCCUGGAGGACCACAGCAGCCAAGGGACUUUGGUCAAUAAUGUCCGGCUCCCGAGGGGCCACAGGCUGGAGCUGAGUGACGGUGACCUCCUGACCUUUGGCCCGGAAGAGCCCCCAGGUUCCAGCCCCUCGGAGUUCUACUUCAUGUUCCAACAAGUCCGGGUCAAACCUCAGGACUUUGCUGCCAUCACCACCCCGCGGUCAGGAGAAGCUGGGGCUGGGGCUGGUUUCCGGCCCAUGCUGCCCUCCCAGGGGGCCCCACAGCGGCCCCUCAGCACGCUGUCCCCUGCCCCUAAGGCCACGCUGAUCCUCAACUCCAUCGGCAGCCUCAGCAAGCUCCGGCCCCAGCCCCUCACCUUCUCCCGGGGUGGGGGUGGGCCCCAGCGCCUGCCCGUUCCCACCCCACCCCGGGAAGGGGCCCCCACGCCCGGCCCACCCCCAAGAAACCGGAGGAAAUCAGCUCACCGAGUGCUGGCAGAGCUGGAUGACGAAAGCGAGGCUCCCCAGAGCCCCCCAGUGCUUCCAGAGCCCAGGAAGAAGCUCCGUGUGGAGAAGGCCCCACUGACACCCGGAGGGAGGGAAUGAUGCCAAGAUGUUGCUAUGGAUACUGAUUCAGAGCCUGGAGCAGGCCCUGGUGGCCGAGGGGACAGAAGCGAACUUCCUGCCAAAGAAAGAGCUGCCUCCAGAAGUUGCCAGGAGCUAGAAUGUCACUGUUAUGGGGUGCAAGGCCUCGUCGCCAUGGACACCAGAGUAUCUUGCAGCACUCAGCAAUUGCAGAAGCCGUGCCUGGGGAGGAGUGCGAGCUCUUAAUGCUGUCGAAUGGUGCCACCUAAGGUGCUCUGGGAAACCCCGGCUCCCAGUGUCUCCCAAGGUCCUUAUGCUGGCUAAUCCUGCCCCCGACCAGGACCUCUGUGCCCUGGAGCUGGUUCCUGGCCUAUGCUUCCCAGAGCUUUGCUUUUACUUCCAAAUAAAGAACAAGCAGCUUUACCCAC